GUGCAGCAGCUGGUGCCCAAGCGGGACCAGGCGCUGCAGGAGGAGCAGAGCCGGCAGAAUUCCAACGAGCACCUGCGGAGACAAUUCGGGAGCCAGGCCAACCGCGUGGGGCCCUGGAUCCAGACCAAGAUGGAGGAGAUCGGGCGGAUCUCCAUCGAGAUGAACGGCACGCUGGAGGAUCAGCUGAGCCACCUGAAGGAGUACGAGGAGAACAUCGUGGAGUACAAACCCAACCUGGAGCUGCUGGAGCAGCAGCACCAGCUGGUGCAGGAGGCGCUCAUCUUCGACAACCAGCACUCCAACUACACCAUGGAGCACCUGCGCGUGGGCUGGGAGCAGCUGCUGACGACCAUCGCCCGCACCAUCAACGAGGUGGAGAACCAGAUCCUGACCCGCGACGCCAAAGGGAUCAGCCAGGAGCAGAUGCAGGAGUUCCGGGCCUCCUUCAACCACUUCGACAAGGACCACGGCGGUGCCCUGGGCCCGGAGGAGUUCAAGGCGUGUUUGAUCAGUCUGGGCUACGACGUCGAGAACGACCGGCAGGGCGACGCGGAAUUCCAGCGGAUCAUGGCGGUGGUGGAUCCCAACGGAAGCGGCAGCGUCACCUUCCAGGCCUUCAUCGACUUCAUGUCCCGGGAAACCACGGACACGGACACGGCCGAGCAGGUCAUCAACAGCUUCCGCGUGCUGGCCGGGGACAAGAACUACAUCACGGCGGCCGAGCUGCGUCGGGAGCUGCCGGCGGCGCAGGCCGAGUACUGCAUCGCCCGCAUGGCUCCUUACCCCGGCCCCGACGGCGUCCCCGGAGCCCUGGACUACAAAUCCUUCUCCACCGCCCUCUACGGCGAGAGCGACCUCUGAGCCCGGCCCCGCCGGAACCCCCCUGCUCCUUCUAUGCAACACUUGAUUGAUCUUGGGAUAUUUCGGGAUGCCAUUCCCGCUUUUCCUCCUCCGGCGGCGCCCGGAAAUGGUUAUUUUUGGUAAUGAGAGAAAGAGAAAUUCCGGUUAUUUUUCACGGGAUCAAAGCGGCGCAGCCCGAGGGUUCCCUCACGCUCACACCCCUCCCCACCUCUUGUCCCGCCACGGUAAUUUAUGGGUUUUCCACAGGGGAAAAAUUUGGGAUUUUGAUGUGGGUGGUGGGGUUUUUUUUUUAUUUUAUUUUUAUGUUUUUUUGGUUUUUUUUUUCACUCACAUUCCCACCUCGGAGCAGCGUUUUGUGGACCAAAAAAAAAAAAAUAAAUGGGGAAGAUAGGGGGGAAAAAAGGGGGGAAAAAGUGAGAAAUAAGAGUGGAGAAAUAGGGAAAAAAAUUAGGAGGAAAAAUGUGGAGAAAUGUGGAGGUAAAUGUAGAGAGAGACGGAAAAUCAGGAAAUAAAAAUGAGAAUUGAAGUGUUGAGCAUGUGGAAGAAUUAAGAGAGAAAUGAAAAUCAUGGAGAAAUCUGGAGGAAUGCAGAAAAAUACGGGAAAAUAAUGAUAAAUAAAGAAGAGCAAGGAGAAAAAUAGAGAAAUAAGGAGAACUGUGGAAAAAUAUGAAAAAUAGAGAGAAACGAGGAGAAAAAUCAUAGAGAAAUCCACCCAAUAAAGCGCCUGAUCCUGGAAAAUUUUGACGGGAAGCAAAAAAUUCCGGUUUCCUUUAUAACUUUACGGAUUUAUUAUAUAAAUAUAUAUUCACGUAGCAGCUUCUUUGUCCUGUAAUUAAAAUA